AUGACUGAAUUACCUUCGUCAGUAGCCAAUUGGCUAUAUAAUGUCCUCCAACCCCAAUACACUAACAAGCAAAUCACAUAUACCCAUGUAUAUCAGUUUUUACAAAUAUACUUGAACAAAGGCUUCAAGAUCAGAACAAGUGUUCAUACCUCUGGUAAUACAGGUCAUUCAAACUUAUUGAUUAAUCUAUUUGGAUCAAUCGAAGUCAACAAGGACCUAAGUGUACCUGUGACGAUUUGGAUUCCUUUGAAUUAUCCUUAUAACAUUUCAGAACAUACAUCCGAUGAUAUCGGGGUGCCAAUGGUUUAUAUCACUCCAGAUAAUUCAAGAAACUGGUAUAUAAAACCAGGAAAUCAUAUUGAUACACAAGGCAAAUUUUAUCAUCCAUAUUUAUCUAGUUGGUUCCAUGAGUAUAAUAGUCAACCAUCGAAAUAUAAUUUACUUCAGUUGGUAAGCACGUUACAUAAUUCAUUUCUGAAAGAUGUGCCGAUCUUUUAUCAGGAGUCGCUAAGUUAUAUGUCACCUGUUCAUACUGUUCUGGAUAAAUAUAAGAUUCCUGAAAAGCCAGCGAAGAUUCCAAUAAAUUCACAUCUGCCAAUACCAUUAUCAAAUAACUCAAACACAGAGUUAUCAGACGUUCCACGACAUAAUACUGAACCAGCUUUAUCUCGUGUCCCUUUAAAGUACCAAUCUCCUUUACCAUUGCCAAAUGAAAAGAUUGUUGAGAAUUCACAGAGAGAUCGUGAAAUUCCAGUAUCAACAGGCAACGAAAAGAUAAAUUCCCGUCAAUUCAAUGAAUUGAAUCAAGUACAAAGUUCUGCUGUGCAUCCCGAUAAUCCGACUGAACAACACAGACAUCAAGCCGCAAAGGAAACUACAGUAGAUUUAAUGGAUAAUGAUGAUAGAACCAUUAAGAAGAAUUUAACUAAUCAGACAUAUCAGGAAGCUUUAGAAAUACUAUCCAGGAAAAUCAAUGAGAAUUUGCUCGAGACAUCAAAGGAUAAUAUUAAAAAAAAACUCCCUGAAGUGAACACUAAUACAAAGAAAAUUGAUGCGUUGUAUCAACAAUUAAGUCAUCAUAACCAACAAGCAUGUGCCAAUAAAGAAAAUUUGGAUAAUCACAUUUCAUAUUUAUCUAAUCAACUAUCAAGUUUAACUAGCCUAAAUAAUGAGUUAAUUCAAUUGGAUGGACUAAAUUCCCAACAAAAAAAUACGGUCUCAACUAAUAAUAAAAGCAAUUUUGAAUUAGAUAAUUUGGUGGUACCUGAUCUGGCAUUGGUUAACCAAUUAUAUGAUAUCGUAAGUGAUAUUAAAGCGACGAAGGAUACUAUAUGUUUGAUAGGUGGAAAUUUCCAAUCAGAAUCAGAAAUUAUAAAUGAUAGUAGAAUGGAUGCAUGCGUGAAAGCGGUCAGAGGUUUAGGAAGAGAAUUAUUUUGGUUAGAGGUGAUGAAGCGUGAAAUUGCUGUGAAUUCUAUGGGUUUAUCUAGUUAA